AUGUCGUCCACCAGCAACGCCUCCAUUGACAAGUUCAACGGAGACAAUUACGCAACGUGGAGCCGGUACAUGCGCGGUGUGUUUUUGACGAAGCCCGUCUGGCACGUCGUCAACCGUGAAGUGACUCCGACUUUCACCGACCCACGAGCGUCCGAUGACUACGUCAAGGCAAGCAACGUCGCGUUUGGUAUGAUGCUGCUGCACAUGAACGUGGACUACCAUCAUGUGCUGGACAACUGCGAGGAAGCCUGGGUUGCGUGGACAAGUCUGAAGACGCUGUACGGUGGGUCGCAGAAGGCAGGACGCAUCUACCUCAAGCGACAACUUUUCAGUAUCAAGAUGGCUGAAGGCGCGAACGUCAUGCAUCACUGCAACGAGGUCCUCAACGUCUCCGUACAAGCUUAG